AUGUCGCUUGAUACCUACUUAUCUAAGGCGCUACCAGAAGACCAGCAUGCUCGUGGUGCGAACGCGCUCGAGUCGAACUCCGAAUUUUCGUUAAGUGCUUCUGAGAGAACUUAUGGGCAGCAGUUCUACUUGAUGUACCAGUACCGGUUGGCCACUUUGAAGGAAAGAGUCGACAAAAAUGCCAUGAAAAAGUGGGGCCACGGUACCUACAAGAUAGACGGUAAAAGGGUACAUAGAAAAGAAAAAAUUUUGGACAUCGCCAGCGGAGAGAUUUGCUGGGUCAGUGGGACAAUUUUCUGUGACUUGCACAACAAGUUGAAGAUCCUCCACGAUGUAGAGACUGGUGCUGACGACACAUUGCCGGAGUUACCUACUACAUAUCUCAGCGAAGAAGAAAGUAACCUGAACAGUGCUCCCCUUGUCAUGCUUGAGGAUGAGAGUGGUAGAGCAAUACUACACAACGAUGACUUCUUGAAAGAGAACGUGUUGGUGACCGGUUGCAUAGUGGCAGUGUUGGGAAUUGAGAUCCAGGCCGGGGUAUUUGAAAUCAUGGACGUUAUAUACCCAACAGUCAGCCCACAGCGACCACUUGCAAGCACCCAGAGCGAGAGCAACAAAAUUGCAUUUGUUUCUGGGUUGAACAUCUCCACGGAAGCGGACCAUUCUUUGAAGUUAGAGCUCCUUAAACAGUAUUUGUGCGGAGAGCUCGGUACUGAAGAAGAUAUUUCUAAGGCCCAGUCAAUUUCCCGGUUGAUAAUAGCCGGAGAUUCGAUACUGCCAGCUCAAUCUCUCACCAAUCUGUCCAUUUCCGCCACGAAUUUUGGAUCCAAAAACGUAUCCAAGUUGGACGUUGAAAACAUCAAGAUAUUUGACUACUUUUUGCUGGAAUUGCUACCAUCGGUGUCUAUUACCAUGUUACCAGGUGCAAACGACCCUGGCGAGGUGUGUCUUCCGCAACAGCCUCUCCACAGAGCUUUUUUACAAGCCAAUAGAAAGUACGCUGGAAGUAGCAGCUUGCAGACAGUAACCAACCCAUGUUGGCUAGAGGACAAGAGCACGGGAUUUACAAUCUUGGGGACUUCGGGCCAGAACAUAGACGAUAUAAAAAGGUACCUACACAAGCGCGAAGGCGGAAUCAAAGAAGAAGACAUCACUAACAGCGCCAAGUUGUUGGAAUGCUGUAUCAAAUGGCAAAACAUCGCACCUACAGCGCCAGACACAUUAUACUGCUACCCAUUUAACAACUACGAUCCGUUUACACUUUCCAAAGAGACCCCACAUUUACUUUUCGCAGGAAACCAGGACAAAUUUAGUAGUGAAACUAUUCAUUUGGAACUGGGUGACGUCUCGGAUCCUAAGGUUGAGGUUCUGUUGAUAAGUAUACCGAAGUUCUCGGAAUCGGGCCAAUUGGUCAUUUUUGAUACCAUCACGAGAGAGUGUGAAGUGAUCACGUUUGACUAG